AUGUCCCACAUCAGAUCACUCAAAAACCAAUUAUCGUUAAGAAUCAAUUCAUUCUCUUCUAAAUCUAGCCAAAAUACUCUAACGUCAAAGAAUAAAACUCAUCUGCUUAUAUCAAAAGGCGGCAACUAUUCUACUAUAUAUUCUAAUACCACAAGAAAAGUACGGGCAGAUACGAAAAUCAAUUCCUCCACCAUUGUUAGUAGCAACCCCAACCCUAACAACAACCCCAACAACAACACCAUCAGUGAUAUUAACAACAAUAGCAUAAAAAAAUAUUUAAAUGAACCAAUUAAAUUGAUAGUUGUACCAAUAAGUAAAGAUAAGAUAUUUUUAUAUUAUAAACAUGCUGAUUCAUUUUUGAAUAUUAACUCCAAAUUAAUUAAAUAUGAAACAAUACUUACAAAGAAGGCAACUAAAUUUUGGAAUAAUAUGGAGAAAUCCUCUAAAAAUAUUAAUAGAAAAAUUGUUGGUACAGUCAACAGACUAUUGAAUCGGAUCAAUUGGACUGAAAAUUCUUUAAUUACUAUACCUUCGGAAAGCUAUAUUUUAAAAAGGGUGUCAUCCACUGAAAAUAAUAUGAAAAUUACGUUACAAGAAUAUCUAAGAUUGAAAAAACAAAGCACAUCGGCCAAUGUUGCCACCACAACAGAAUUAAAGUUGAAUCCCAUUAAAGUUUAUUAUCCUGGUAGUCUAAUUACACCCAAACAAAUCGUUAAAGAUUGUAAUGAAUUGUGGAAAGAUGGGUUAAAACAACAUCAAAAAAAUAUAAUAACUUGCUUAAUAACUUUGCCGUUAACUUUGCCCCUAGCUAUACUUCCAAUUAUACCAAACAUUCCUGGCUUUUAUUUACUAUAUAGGCUUUACUGUAAUGUGAAAGCUUAUCUAGGUGCCAAACAUUUGAAGACAAUGUGCAAUGAACAGAAUGGUUUUAGAUUCAAAUUUGUUGAUCUAAAAGAAUACUCGGCUAUUUUCAAUGAAUCAGAACAUUUACAAAAAAAAAAUUUUAAAUUAUUGGAUGAAGAAACUUUGGCCAGGAUUGUUGAUAAAUUGGAAGUCCAAGAAAUUAAAGGGCAAUUGACAAAAGCAAUUAGACAGGAAAAGUCUCUUAAAGAAAAUAAUACCGAGACCAAAAAAAAAAAAACAAAAUAA